AUGUAUCUGCCUUUUCUAUAUUUAGCUGAUAUUCCCCCGCCCGUUUACCAGCGUCCGGAAGAUCUGACGACACACGAUACCUCGCAGCCCAUGGAUACCAACAUGAUGGCAUCUGCAACUCCCCCUGACGUGCACACAGGAGAUGUCCAGGCUGUCGCUUACGAAGAGCCCAAGCACUGGUGCUCCAUUGUCUACUAUGAGCUGAGCAAGCGCAUCGGGGAGGCGUUCUACGUGUCCUCCACCAGCAUCCUGGUGGAUGGCUUCACUGAGCCCUCCAACAAGAACAGGUUCUGCCUGGGGCUGCUCUCCAACAUCAGCCGCAACUCCACCAUUGAGAACACCAGGCGGCACAUUGGCAAAGGUGUCCAUCUGUACUACGUUGGAGAGGUGUAUGCUGAAUGUUUGAGCAACAGCAGCAUCUUCGUGCAAAGUCUGAACUUGAACUACCACCACGGCUUCCAUCCCACCACGGUCUGCAAAAUCCGCAGUGGCUGCAGUCUGAGGAUUUUCAAUAAUCAAGACUUUGCUCAGCUCCUGGCUCAGUCUGUGAACCAUGGCUUUGAGGCAGUGUAUGAGCUUGUUAAGAUGUGCACUCUCCGGAUGAGUUUUGUAAAGGGUUGGGGAGCUGGAUAUCAUCACCAGUGUGUAACGAGCACUCCAUGCUGGAUAGAGAUACAUCUCCAUGGUCCCCUUCAGUGGCUGGAUAGAGUACUUAUUCAUAUGGGCUCUCUUCAAAAUUCUAUUUCUUCAGUGUCUUAA